AUGACAGUUAUUGAUCGUAAGGAAAGCUUGAUAUUCUUCAUCGAUAGGCCAGGGGGAACUGGGAAAACAUUUUUGUAUCACAUAAUAUUGGCAACCUUGAGAAAAGCCGGUCACAAUGCAAUUGCCACAGCUACAUCUGGCAUAGCAGCAACAUUACUCCCUAGUGGAAGAACAACGCAUUCCAGGUUUAAGAUUCCUUUAACUCCCGAUGCUUCAUCUACUUGCUCAAUAAGUAAACAAUCAGACUUAGCUGAACUUAUUAGACGUGCCACCAUAAUUAUUUGGGAUGAAGCCUCAAUGGUGCUAAUUUUGGGUGGAGAUUUUCGUCAAGUACUUCUGGUUGUUCCAAAGGGUAUAAAGGCAAAAAUGAUUGAUGCAUGCAUAGUCAAGUCCCCAUUAUGGAAAGAUGUUAAAGUGUUACAUUUGAAGCAGAAUAUGAGGUCUAUCAACGAUGAAGAGUUUGCUGAGUAUAUACAACACAUUGGUGAAUGGAUUGAACCAUAUAUAAUGGAUGAUUUGAUUAAACUACCCCUUUCAAUGGCAAUGCAAUGGGAGGGUCAGCUUUCUAUAUACAACUUGAUUGAUCAAGUUUUUCCAAGUUUGCAAGAACAUGCCAAUGAUGCAAGGUAUAUGGUUGAUAGGGCUUUGCUAACACCUAUAAAUGAUGUUGUUGAAUAG